AUCCAGGACAUGCAGCUCAGCUUCUGGAGCGUCUGCUUUCCGCCGUAACUAGCACCCAAACCCUCCCACACGCGACACAGCGACCAUGGCGCGUCCGCGAUCGCUGUUGCAGCAAGUCUGCAGCCUGAUCCUGCUGCUGGCAGUCGGCUCACAGGCGCUCAAGUUCGAGAUCCAGGCGGGCAGCGGCCACGACAAGCAUUCGCGGCGAUGCAUCCGCAACUUUGUCUCCAAGGACAUGCUGGUCGUCGUGACGGCCAUUGUCUCCGGGUACAAGGGCGACGGCAUGCAGCUCAACAUGCACAUCACGGACGCCACAGGGAACGAGUACGGCAAGCCCAAGGACAUUGCCGGCGAGCAACGCACCGUUUUCACCUCGCACGCCGACGCCCCGUUUGACGUGUGCUUUGAGAAUAUCCUGACGGGCUCCCGCUACGUCGAGCGCCCGUUCCGGGACAUCGAGCUGGAUAUCGACAUUGGCGCCGACGCCAAGGACUGGUCUGCUAUCCAGGCGACCGAGAAGCUGAAGCCGGUCGACACGGAGCUGCGGCGCAUCGAGGAGAUGGUGGCCGAGAUCGUCAACGAGAUGGACUACCUGCGCAUCCGCGAGCAGAAGCUGCGCGACACCAACGAGAGCACCAACACACGCGUCAAGUGGUUCGGUUUGGGCACGACGUUCCUGCUGAUCGCCCUGUGGGCGUGGCAGAUCAUGUACCUGCGGGCGUACUUCAGGUCGAAGCAUCUCAUUUAACGGAGCCGGGACUGGGCAGACGAUGACGACUUGUUCUAGACUGUGGCUUUACAAGGGCAGGAGUUUUUACAUGAGCUGUUACGCAGGGAAAGCACGGAAUUAUGAUCUCUGUACUGUACUUGGGUGUAUUUUUGGGGAGGUGGCCGGAAGGAAAAUCCACUGUAUUGGGACCUCGAGCCACGUUUGUUUAGGAAUGAGUGAUGUGCUGGGGCCAGAUUUGUGGUUUGCAAUUCAACAGGACAUGUAUGGGUUCUGAGACUGUCCUGUAUCGAUCCUGGCUCUCUACUACUAGUAGGGAGCUCCUGAUUGUCGCAGUCAAGGGCAUCCGUAACGGGCAUGGCCCGAUUAACCCCGGCCGGCAAGACCCGGCAGCCGGGGGUAUCCACAGCUUUUCGGUCUCGGCCUCGGCCCAGCCAAGCGACAUUCAUUGCCAAGGGGCG